CUUCGGUCUCCACCUUGGCGCUCCCCGCUCUCGUCUGUCCGUACUACGUCAUGCAUGACUGAUUGUGAACGGCGGGAGGAAGCUCCAAGCUGCGACACGAGGCAGGUUGCAAGAAUGAACGGCGCGGGGACGAAUAGGAAAGCAACAAGAAAACCAUGGCAGCUGUCAGAGACCCGACCGAGAAUUAAAAUCAUGCCAUGCAGCUUCCCUCACUCACUUCUCUUUGACAACGCAAUAAGACAUCUCACAUCCCCUCAACCCAUCCGGCCAUCAGUCGAUAUCCUGCUAGUUUAACACUUGCAUAUCGCAACUUCAAGACAUCCUCGACAGCUCGAGAAUCCUUGCUCUCCAACAAAAGAACCCGCAAUGUCUCGAUCAAAAGCACCUCUUGCCAUUGGCCUCGCGGCCGCCGGCGGCGUCGGCUACUACCUCUACUCGGCCGGCGGCUCGCCCAGGGCAGCCGAGAAGCAAUUCGAGAGUGACGCGCACCACGUCGCGGCCAAGAUCAAGGGCGAGUCGCCUACCUACCGGCAGACGGACGCCGAAGCGCAAGGCCGGAAGCUGGGCCAGGAGGCCGGCGCCAAGGUGGACUCGGCUAUUGAGACGGUCAACAGGGAGACAUCCAAGGCCAAGAGCGAGGCCGAGUCGUAUGCGAAAGCGGCCAAGGCCGACACCCUCAAGAAGAUUGACCAGUUUGACCACAAGGUCGAGGAGAAAGCCGCCCAGGGCAAGAGCUGGUUCUCUUCGUGGUUUGGCGGCAAAUGAGUGAAUGGGAAGGACAUGGGACUGGACGGGCCAAUCUCUCUACUCCUCCCACUGUUGGCUGUGUCUUUUCUGUUUGGAGUGAAAUGCGCUUUUUAAUCGGAGUCUGUUUCUGUUGUAAUUAGGUCAUGCUAUGUUAAUCUUGCAUUUCGG